CCAAUUUUCUAAAUCUUGCUUCUUCUCUCGUUCCUAUAUCCGUUUUCCGAUUUAGGGCACCAAAUUGAAUCAAAAUCUCCGCUUCUUCCCAAUUUACGAAACUUCACGAAAAAUCUUCUUCGGAUUCUUCUUAACCCUUUCUCUCAAUUUUUCUUCCAGAGUUUUCUAAUUGGGCACUGUUUCUCUUCUUCUUCUUCUUCUUCCUCCGUACGCAUCCUUCUCCUUUUUACUGUUGAGUGUGAACAGAUUUAAACAACGUCAUUUCUAGGGUUUUCGGAGUUCAAUUUUGUUAUCUUACUAUUGAAUUUGCAUCGCGAUAGCUGAAUUUAGGAUCCUGUGUUGUUGCUCAGUCGUAUUAUUACAACUGUUGAAUUACGCUUGCGUUUGAUUGUUUUUUUCUUUAUUGGAUCCUCGUGAGGUUUUUUUUUCUUGUUCUGAAUCGUUUCCUGGACUUCUGAUUUCCUGCUAGAAGUUUAUUUCAUGGUUGCUGAUUCAUUAUCUUCUUGUUUCUAGAUGAAAGUUUACUGUGUAUAAACCUUCAAAGGAUGAGAAUUUCAAUCUUACUUUGAACAAUAUGUAGUUUAUACAGUAGCUUCGUCUGUUGUUGCACCAUGGUUGAUAAGAUUUAUGUCUCCUUUGUUUGGUUUAUUGAAUUCUUCCUUUUUUCCAGGCUAUUCAUUUCUGAGUAAUCGUUUAUUCCAUCUCAGAUUGUAGGCGGUUUCGCGUCUUGUCACCGAAUGAUACAUUGUCUCACGUGAGAUUGUCAGUCAGUUAGUGCAAUGUCAAACCUUCAUUCAUCUCUCAAUGGUUCAGCUUCGAAUUUACCAGAUGGUUCGGGCAGAUCGUUUACUGCUUCUUAUUCUGGACAAUCUGGUGCACCGUCUCCCUCUUUUCAUCAUACUGGAAAUCUUCAGGGACUUCAUAAUAUUCAUGGGAACUAUAAUGUCGGGAACAUGCAAGGUACACUUACAUCAAGAAACUCAAGUAUGAAUAGUAUACCAUCUGCCGGAGUUCAACAACCUAAUGGGAGUUUUUCCAGUGGAAGAUUUGCUUCAAAUAAUCUACCUGUUAAUCUCUCUCAGUUGUCCCAUGGUAGCUCACAUGGGCAUUCGGGAAUCCCAAAUAGAGGUCUUAAUGUUGUUGGCAACCCUGGAUUCAGUAGUAACGCUAAUGGAGUUGGUGGUUCUAUUCCUGGAAUUCUCUCUACAUCUGCAGGACUCAGUAAUCGGAAUAGUGUUCCAGGGAUGGGAAUAUCCCAAUUGUUGGGAAAUUCAGGUCCUCGAAUAACAAAUUCAAUGGGAAACAUGGUUGGUGGAGGUAACUUGGGGAGGAAUAUUAGCUCUGGUGGAUUGUCUAUUCCUGGUCUGUCUUCACGACUAAAUUUGGCAGCAAAUAGCGGAUCAGGAUUAAAUGUUCAGGGACAGAACCGAAUGAUGGGUGGAGUACUUCCUCAAGGAUCUCAGGUCAUGUCUAUGCUGGGGAACUCCUAUCAUACUGGUGGUGGCCCGCUUUCGCAGAAUCAUGUUCAGUCAGUUAACAAUAUGAUGCUCAGUGAUCAUCCUAACGACAGCUCUCUAUUUGACAUCAACAACGAUUUUCCCCAGCUGACAAGUCGUCCUGGGUCUGCUGGUGGCACUCAAGGACAUCUAGGCUCUUUGAGGAAACAAGGUUUAGGAGUUCCACUUGUCCAACAAAACCAGGAGUUCAGCAUCCAAAAUGAAGACUUUCCUGCCCUUCCUGGAUAUAAAGGUGGUAAUUCUGAGUAUCCUAUGGAUUUGCAUCAAAAAGAACAACUGCAUGACAAUGCUAUGUCAAUGAUGCACUCUCAAAACUUUUCUAUGGGUAGAUCUGGUGGUUUCAACUUGGGAGCAACAUAUUCAUCACAUCGUCCACAACAACAGCCACAACAUACUUCAUCUACUGGUGGGCUACAGGGUCUUGGCCUUAGACCUCUAAGCUCGCCUAAUGCAGUUUCCAGUAUUGGUUAUGAUCAGCUUAUUCAGCAGUAUCAGCAACAUCAAAAUCAAUCCCAGUUCCCUGUGCAACAGAUGUCAUCAAUCAACCAAUUUAGAGAUUCUGAGAUGAAAUCGACACAGUCAGAGGCAGAUCCUUUUUGCUUGCUUGGCUUGUUAGACGUACUAAACAGGAGCAACCCUGAAUUGACCUCACUUGCUCUUGGCAUCGACUUGACGACGCUAGGAUUGGAUUUGAAUUCAACUGGAAAUCUCUACAAGACAUUUGCGUCUCCUUGGACAAAUGAACCGGCAAAGAGCGAGGUCGAGUUCACAGUACCAAAUUGUUACUACGCCACAGAACCUCCGCCUCUAACUCGAGCUAGUUUCAAAAGGUUCUCCUACGAGUUAUUGUUCUACACAUUUUACAGUAUGCCAAAAGAUGAAGCACAGCUGUACGCAGCAGAUGAACUUUACGAAAGAGGUUGGUUUUACCACAAGGAACUCAGAGUAUGGUUCUUCAGAGUCGGGGAACCUUUAGUCAGGGCAGCUACAUAUGAAAGAGGAACAUACGAAUACCUUGAUCCAAAUUCGUUCAAAACAGUGAGAAAGGAACAUUUUGUUAUCAAGUACGAGCUUAUGGAAAAGAGACCAAGCUUGCUGCAGCUUUGACGACAAGUAGGUUUGUUCAAUUAGUAGCAUCUUUACAAUGUAAAGCUUUUCUCUUCAUUUCUCUUUCUUUCUUUCUUUCAUGCAAGUUCUAUUGAUUAGAAACCAAAACCAUGACAUAUCACAUUUUCAAUUUUUAACCCCAAGUUUCCCAAAAAGGUAAUCACAAUUACUUUCCAUGGUCAUUUCUUCUGGUUCAAGCAUGACAUGAACAGGCAAUAAAUAAGUUGAGAUUUUGAUCACAGUAACUGAUACUUGAAUCGAAUCAUUUAGAUUUUUUUUUUUUUUAGUUUACUUGUUUAGUAAAUAUGUUGUCUAUGUUUGUCACAAAAACGUGGCUCAGUUCUUG